AUGGAAUCUCUGUCUGAUCUAGACUUUGCUGAUGAUUUGCUCACGCACCUACAAGAAACCCUCUGCGUCGACACGAGCAAUGUAUACGCUGCGAGCAAGUCGAAUGGCGGUGGGGCUGCCAGCGUCAUUGCCUGCAAUGUGACAGUCAGAAGACAAGUUGCGGCUUUUGUGGCUGUUAGAGGGGACUAG